AUGCCUCCGCCACAUGCGCUGCCCUGCGGACCACACUGCGGUACUGGCUACUGUGCUCCGCACUGUUACUUUAGGAACCAAGUGGCCGUGUACCCGCCACCGCCACCGCACCAGCAUCACCCGCCGCCCCCACCGUUUCAUCAUCAUCCACCACCGCCCCCACAUCACCACCCACCACCGCCUCCAUUCCACCCCCACCCGCCGCCUCCUCAUCACCCGCAACCCCCACCACCUCAUCACGUGCCUCCGCAUUACUUACGG